AUGUCUAGUACGGAAACUGAUUCAAAAUUCAAAUAUUUUGGUAUACUGCUGCUUACCUUACAACAAGCGAGUAUGCCUCUAAUGGCAAGGUAUUCAAGAGCCAGAGAAGAUUCUAAUGUUUUCUUUACAACUGUUAAUGUAUUCAUGAUGGAAAUUAUCAAGGUUGUAGUUUGUUCUGGAAUCAUAAUUUACACAAGUAAAUCAAUUUCAAAAUACGUCAAUGAGUUAAAAUCUGCGAUAGUCGACAAUCGAUCUGAAACUCUGAAAGUUUGUAUUCCAGCAUUGAUUUACACUCUUCAAAACAAUUUGUACUACAUUGCCCUCUCCCAUUUGGAGGCGACAACUUUCUGUAUCACUUAUCAAAUGAAAAUCUUCACAACUGCCAUAUUUAUGUACUUCUUUUUGGGAAAGAAAUUGUCUUCAAAGCAAUGGUGGGCAUUGGUUUUGUUAGUUUUGGGAGUUGCUGAUAUCCAAUACGUCUAUUCUCCACCACCAGCCAGCGAAGAUGUUGAACAAAAUCCAAUGUACGGAUUCAUUGCAGUUCUGACAAUGUGUUUCACUUCGGCGUUUGCAGGAGUCUAUUUGGAAAAAGUGCUGAAAUCAAGUAAUGCAUCAAUUUGGGUCCAAAACAUUCGUCUUGCUCUCAUUGGACUUCCGAUUUCUUUUCUUUCAAUGUGGUACUAUGACUGGGAUAAAAUCAACGAACAAGGUGCAUUCCGUGGAUGGGACUUCGUCGUCGUAUGCCUUACUGUAACAAAUUCUAUCGGUGGAAUCUUGAUAUCAGUAGUUAUCAAAUAUGCUGAUAACAUUCUCAAAGCUUAUGCUCAAAGUAUGGCCAUCAUCGGAGCAGCUGUUGGAUCCUGGAUUCUCUUCGACUUCUCACCUGGAUUCAUGUUCCUAAUGGGAACUUUCAUGGUCAUAAUUUCUAUCAUUGUGUACACUGCUUUCCCUUAUCAAGAACCAGAAUCCAAAAUUAGUGCGUACUUGAAAUCUCAGCAGAAUUCUUCUCUUUUAAUGAUUAAAACAGCAAAAUAG